AUGUCAAAUACGUACCCACAGGCUCGGAUCCUGACUAAGAUAAAUGAUCCGCUACACAUUAUAAAAACAAGACAAAUAACCCAUAAUAGGCCAGUUACCAUUGCUGGCCCAAUGGUUCGAUACUCCAAACUGCCAUUUCGCCAAGUGUGCCGGCACUAUGACGCUGACAUAGUUUAUACACCCAUGAUUCUGGCUCGCGAAUUUGUACGUAACUGCCACGCGAGGAUAGCGGACUUCAGCUCAAAUGAAAGUGAUUCGCCUCUCAUUGUCCAAGUAGGAGUAAAUAAUGUUACAGAUCUGCUACGAUUCGUGGAAAUGGUAAGUCCUUAUUGUGAUGGGAUCGGAAUCAACUGCGGGUGCCCAAUCAAGGAGCAAAUAAGGGAAGGAAUUGGUUCGGCUCUCAUUUACAAUCCAGAGCUUUUGUCUUCAAUGGUAUCCGCUGUGAAGGAGAAAUAUGGAGACAAAGUAAGAUUAGAAACCAAGAUUAGGAUACACGAUGAUUGGGAUCAGACGGUUGAUCUUUGUCAUAAGCUCUGUGAUGCAGGCGUCGACUGGAUCACAAUUCAUGGCAGAACUAGAACUACGCGGUCUUCUGUCCCCGUGAACCUAGAUGCAAUCAAGUACAUCACAGACAAGAUUAAAGCCAAAAGUAAUGUACCCGUUAUUGCAAACGGAGACUGCUUUUCGAUGAGGGAUUUACAAAAAAUUGUGGAUUACUGCGGUGUCGAUGGUGUCAUGGCUGUAAGGGGCCUGCUAGACAACCCAGCUUUGUUCAGUGGCUAUGAUAAGUGCCCAUGGGGUGCUUUAGAAUUAUUCUGGCAUUACGCAAUGGAAUUCGGAGGUUUACCACACCAGCUGUUACUCCACCAUCUUCACUGCAUGUUUGAAAGCAUGGGAUUGGAAAAAAGCCUCCACAAUGAGCUGAUGAACAUUAGGACCACGACAGAACUCAUAGAGUGGUUUGAUAGCCAUUUUGUACUAAAAAGGUUUGGAGAAAUCGGAUUCUCUGAAGCAGUUGAUAUUCCUUUCAAACAUGCCUCUAAAGUAUAA